UGUUAUUCUGGUAUUGAGACUGUUCACACGAUGAUGGCUGUGUGAGCCGGGUCAUACGGCGACCCUCUGGUUACGGCGUCUACUCGAUGCAACACACCAAUCCAACACCGCGGCCGAUAACGUGCUUGAAAAUGUUGCACUUGACUCACCCUUCGAUUCGUCAUUCAGAUGUUGAUAUAUGACCUACUAAUUCGCUCUCUUACCAUCAAUUGAAUAGUACCUUCCCUCCAGAUCAAUUGAACAGUACUCUGCCUCCACAUCAAUUGAAAACCCCACCUCCUCAUCAUGGCUGCCCCAUCUGCCUUCAGCCAAACUCACAUCGAUGCCUUUUAUGACUACAUUGGCUUCCCAGCCAGCCUGCGCCAGCACCGCCCACUGGAAGACCCGGCAAAGGACAUCCACUUCCUGACCCAACUGCAUGUGCACAUGAUCGCAGCCGUCCCCUACGACAAUCUAUGGCUGCACUACGACCCCACACACCGCGUCGACAUCACCCCCCUCGGCAACUUCGACAAGGUCGUCACCCAAGCCCGCGGCCGCGGCAGCUACUGCAUGGGCAACCACGUCCUGCUGAACCACGUCCUGCGCUUCCUCAAGUACCCCGUGUACCUGGGCCCCGCGCGCACACGGCCGCGCAUCGACUCGGUCCCCACCGGCGCGUUCCCGGGCUGGAUCCACCUGGUGAACAUCCUCACGCUGUCCGACGGGCAGGUGUGGACCAUGGACGUCGGGUUCGGCGGCGACGGGCCCACGAGGCCGAUGCCGCUCGUGCACAACCAGCCGCAGGUCAACCUGGGCGCCCAGGAGGUCCGGCUGCUGCACGACUGGAUCCCGACGCAGCUGCACCGCACCGAGGCGAGCAAGCUGUGGAUCUACGAGUACCGCAAUGGGCCGGAGAAGCCGUGGAAUGCGUUCUAUGCGUUCUCGGAGACGGAGGCGAUGGAGGCUGAUUUUCAUGUUAUCAAUCAUUUCACGGGGACGAGUCCCGAUAGCCAUCAGACUGUGACGCAGCUGCUGGUGAGGUUCUUGAGGAGGGAGAAGGAGGAUGGUUCGGGUGAUCAGGAGAUCUACGGGAAGCGCAUGCUGGUUAAUGCGGUGGUGAAGGAGAAUCUCGGCGGUAAGACGAGGAUCGUGGAGGAGUGCAAGACUGAGGCAGACCGGGUGCGGGUGCUGAAGGAUUUCUUUGGCAUUACGCUCACGCAGGAAGAGAAAGAGGCUAUCAAAGGGACCGCGACGGAGCUGAAGUGAGAUGUGCAUUUAGAAGUGUUUCAGUGGUUUGAUAGAGUUCUGCAUCUGAUUGCGGUAGACCGAAGAACGACAAAUAGAUAUGCUGUUCGCAAUCUGAUGCUUACUCAAUUCUUGCUCCACCUGUACUUGUGGAGAGUUCUGUUGAAGAAGUGUCAAUUUAGAUAGACUAAUGGCAAUGAGACGCAAGCACAU